CGCACGCAGGCACACAAGACUGCCCCUCUCACACGCAGACUCUCUCUCUCCCUCACUCUCCUCAUUGCCAUAACAACAGAUGCGCCGCAUCAGUCCGCUUGGGUCAGUACGGGAACCGCGGGGCGGAAUAAUCUCGCACUGGUGCUGUUAAUAAGCCGCAGAGGUCCUCGUUCAUCUAUUUACGUCUAACCGUUUCAGUGAAACGGGCUCGCGGGAGAUCCUCACCGGGGCUGUUCGAUAACGGCCCGAGCGGAGACGACGAGCGGAAGCGCGGCGUGGGAAAGCGGGGGGAAAUCUCCGGGGAUCUCCAGUCGGACCUCCGGCGCGCUCGCCAUCUACGGUCGUUCCCGUGUGUUUCCGCCAUGGCUCGUGAGAACGGAGAGGUCGGCGGGGAUUGCUCAUGGAAGAAGCAGGUCGACGACAUCAAGGAGAUCUUUGAAUUCAAGGAGGUGCUCGGGACGGGUGCGUUUUCAGAGGUGGUCUUGGCGGAGGAGAGGGCCACGGGAAAGAUGUAUGCUGUGAAGUGUAUUCCCAAAAAGGCCCUAAAGGGAAAGGAGAGCAGCAUCGAGAACGAAAUCGCUGUUUUGCGCAAAAUUAAGCAUGAGAACAUAGUCGCACUAGAAGACAUCUAUGAAAGCUCCAAUCAUCUCUACCUUAUAAUGCAGCUUGUAUCUGGAGGUGAGUUGUUUGACCGGAUUGUGGAGAAAGGUUUCUACACAGAGAAGGACGCCAGCACGCUUAUCAAACAAGUACUAGACGCUGUAAACUACCUCCACAGUAUGGGCAUCGUGCACAGAGAUCUAAAGCCAGAGAAUCUGCUGUAUUUCAACCCUCAAGAUGGAUCAAAGAUCAUGAUCAGUGAUUUUGGCCUGUCUAAGAUGGAGGGGACAGGUGAUGUCAUGUCCACAGCCUGUGGAACACCGGGAUAUGUGGCUCCAGAAGUUCUCGCUCAGAAACCGUACAGUAAAGCUGUCGACUGCUGGUCUAUCGGAGUCAUUGCCUACAUUUUGUUGUGUGGUUACCCUCCAUUUUACGAUGAGAACGAUUCUAAACUCUUUGAGCAGAUCCUGAAAGCUGACUAUGAGUUUGAUGCACCAUACUGGGAUGAUAUAUCAGAUUCAGCAAAAGAUUUUAUUAGUUGUUUAAUGGAAAAGGAUCCUGCUAAGCGAUACACAUGUGAAGAGGCCCUUCGGCAUCCCUGGAUCGCAGAGGACACUGCGCUCUGCAAGAACAUCCACGAGUCUGUCAGCCGACAAAUGCGCAAAAACUUUGCUAAAAGCAAAUGGAGGCAAGCCUUCAAUGCCACGGCCGUGGUUCGACACAUGAGAAGACUGCAGCUGGGCAGCAGCAUGGGUAGCAGCAUGGAUGCAAGCAAUGCCAAUCAGAACCGAAUACUGAACGCUAACCAGACUGUGAACGCACCACCAAACCAAACACCAACUACAUCAAAUACGACUGCAUCUCUCAACCAAAAUCACAAACCGGCUCAGAAUCCAAAUACAGUGAUUGUAAAUGACAUGGCGACAGGCGUAACGUCUAUACCACGCAAAGACUGUACAGCUCCACCCCACACUUCCUGUUCUCUGGCAUCAGCAGCCACUUCCACUGGCUCAGGGGCGGAGCCCUGCAGGCCACACCCUCCCUCAGUUGCGUCGGUUAGCACAGUGAUAACUGGGACCAAGUGACGCCAGGUUCUGCGGGGAGAGAGCUGGGAGGCCACUGCCCUGUAAGCCCCACCCCUCAGCCCGCUCCCCGCCCUGCCGUCAAAGAAAGGCAGAGGACUGAUCCAUCGCCAUAGCAACCACCGAGAGGCAAAAAAAAUGUGCGCCUAAUGCACCUCGCAGUUUGACCUGCCUUUCAACCUCCAGGCAACUAGAGGGCGCAAUGCAUGCAGCGGCAGGUGAAGGGGAUUUUCAACCGAAAGCUUCCAUUUCGAGAAGAGGACAGAGCUGUGACGUUUUUGCUGUGACUUUGCUAAGUACUUCGCCAGCCAUGUUACCUUUUGGUAAAACGAAUGACUGGAAAAACUGCAGAGGUUUAGGUGUGAAAGCGUGCAUGGCUGUGUCCGCCCGUAUAAGUAGGCGGAGCCAAUGUCAAACAGUUCUUCUAGCUCUUCCCUCUUUCCUUCUGCCCUCAUUCUCUAUCUCUAUUUGCUCACAAGUUUAUUGUAUUAUUAGCUAGCAUUUCUGAUCUAUUGGGGGCUUUUUAAGGAUUAGUCAUGCUGACCUGCAAAAGUGCUUUUAAAAUUACGUUAGACUGUUUCGCGAAAUUUUUGAGUCGAGACUUUAUCUGUUUGCACAUAGGCUGUACAGGAAGUGAAUUACUGUAUUACGAACGGACAGGAGAUUAUUGCUUUGAAACCUUCAGCUUCACGAAUUUCCAGAUAUCCGUUAAAACAUGCAAUGUUUAUAUGUUAUCUUAAGUUAGUGGACUUUUUUAAACGCAGGGACAGAAUGGAGCCGAAGCAGUCUGAUGAAGCUUGUUCCUGACGCUUUCCGCUUCAAAUGUGACUUUGAGCUCCACAUACAGACAUAGUUGAUGUUAGAUUACUGAAUAUAUUAUAGCUGUUAAUACUAAACACACAUACACACACACACAUCUCACAAAAAGCCAUGGCAGCGUCUUUUAUCGCCCAGUGUACGAGUUCUCAGGGAAUUCCACAGUUUCACUGGGCUAUAUAAUGGUGGUAUAGUAAUGCCUACAAGAUUGUCCUAUACAGCCAGAUUUAGGUGAAGCUUGUGGUUUAGUUUGAUAAAGUUUGCCACUGCGUUCUUAUAAUGAUUGUAUGACCGGGUGGUAAAACGUUGUUGAUUUCACGUCAUUUUGGGAUUACUGUAAAGAGUUAUCGAAACAUUGCGGUUUGUUCAAUGACAUAGUAGAGAUUGGGGCGAGUGUAGUCCAGAACUGGAACUGGGGAUUGUUUGGAAUAUAGAAUAAAAGGAUUUCUAGUUACUUUUUAGUUAGCUUUUUUAGUUACUUUUGCUAAUGCUAGUGGUAGAGGAACUACUUUGUUUCUAAAGCUAGUAAUGUUACUACCCAUAUUCUUUGUUCUCCAAAAUUUUGAAAGUUAUCAAGUGUUUUUGCCAUCAUCGGCUUUGUUGCUCUGAAAUUCGGCAUUCAGAGCAUCGUCAUAAUUACAGUAAUUCAAAAACGACGUGGAUGCAGCAAAAGGAUUUUUAUUGACUGUAAACAUUUUUCCAGACUUGGCUGAUUUUUAAGCAUUGGUUUAAGGGCUAAGUUCAGAUUUAUUCCCUUCCUUAGUGAUGGCUAACUGGUCUUAUGUCAUGUCACACAAUGUUUUGAAAGUAAGUGACUGAUGUCUUCUUUGCCCUUUACGGUUUGUUAAUAUCACAGGAGGAAAACUUGUCUACGGACGCAGGGAUUUAAGAGUAUGUGACAUUUUCCAAAGUGCCAUCAUGAAUUUUUCUUCACUUUCUUGAAUGUUUGUUUCAGUGUUGAUUAAAAUAUGACUCCUCAAAAUAUGAGGAGGUCCAAACUACUAUGAACUUUCAGUCGGGUAAGACGUGCAUUUGGUCUUCAUUCGCACAUUUGUGAGAAAUGUUAUUUCAGAAAAUAACAACAAGAUUUAUGGGUAACACUUUACUUGAAGGGGUGUUCAUAAGACUGACAUGACAUGUUCAUAAUCAUGACAUGACAUGUGCUAUGAACAUCAAGGAGAUUUUAUGCACGCAUAUGACAACUGUCAUUAAGUGUCAUUCACGCAAUUAUGUAAUUUUAAAUGCAAAGAUGACAUUGUUUGAGAUGUCUUUGUUAUGAGAUCAUAUCAUAAAUUGUCAUAAAUCUGACAUAAACAUGACAUUGCAGAUAAAUUAUCAAAAUUAAGAAACCACCUAGCUUUAUUGGUUAACAUUACAUUAAACUGUCAUGUGGUCGGUUUUGACAUUGGCUGUUAUGAGGCCAUUAUAAUUGUGUCUGACCACUUUUUUUCCAAUGAUACAAAUUGAGCUUGUCAUUAAAAUGUCAUUAAGUGUUACUCUUGUCAUAUAGUUUUAUAAGAAAAACAUCUAAAACAAUGUCAUAAUUUUACAAAUGACACUUAAUGACAAUUGUCAUAAACGUGCAUAAAUCUCCUUCAUGUUCAUGACACAUGUCAUGUCAUAAUUAUGAAGGUGUCAUGUCUUAUGAACACCCCUUCAAGUAAAGUGUUACCGAUUUAUGUUCGUAUGUUAACGGAUAUGUGUUUUGGUAACAAUGGAUUAUAAUGCAAUAUUUAUUUUCCUACAUUUGAGUCAAUUACAGUGUAGGCAUGAAAUGUAACGGUUUAAAAGGGAUGUUUCAGGUUUAAUAUGUUAAGCUCUAUCAACAGUAUAUCAAUUUUGACUUUAAAUUGUUUCAUGAUAAUAUUCAUUUAGAUUUAUGCAUUUGGCAAAUGCUUUUAUCCAAAGCGACUUCAAGGUAAACAUUUUUAUCAGUACAGUAUGUGUGUUCUCUAGGAAUUGAACCCACAACUUUUGCGCUGCAAACGCAAUUUCAAUUAAGAAACUACAGAAACUAAAUUGAGCUAUAGGCACACUUACAGUAGAAGUCUAUGGUGUGAUGCGUUUAAAAACCAGUGUUAUUCAAGCAGUACAGAAGGGCUGUUUUAUUCCAGCGAGUGGAUUGUGUUCCUUCUAGUAUAGACCUUUCUCACAGUAACCGGAAAUACUUAAUCGUCGUGUAAGCGGAGUUCCUGUCAAGCGUCAACACACUAGAAAAACAUAAACCUGGGCAAGUUUAAAAUGGAUCAAAGAGUCUACAAAACUUCGUUAACGGAUUUGCCAAAUAUUACAUUUGCUGAUGUGACACGACUAAUGGAGGAAAACUUUUUCCAUGAAGAAUUUGUCAAUAAAUUUCUAGGUAAGUAGAGAGCGAGUAUAACUGUUACUGAACUGUUAACUAAAACGACACAUUAUAAGUCUCGCCGGAUAGCCUGAAUCCACUUCUGUAUACCUUCACCAUCAACAGGGAAUUGAUGGAACAGAUACGGAUUUUUACAUUGCCUUGACUGCGGAGGAAGUAGAUUUCCGCGACGAUUGCGUAGUUCCGGUCAUAAAUACGGAAGUUGUGAGAAAGGUCUAUUGUGUACAGUGUUUUACCAUGCUGCUUUAUUGUCAUGGGGGGGAGGUUCAGUGAUUGUCAAAGGAGAUCUCAUUCGAAAUGCAUAGAGUAGCUGCCAAACAUGUCAUCAUCUGUAGUGACAAAAUACCCUCCAUAUAGCAGUUUGUCUGUUUAGGGCUACUAUAGAAACAUGGUGGCAACUACAUGGUAAGGAGACCCGCGGUGUAUGUAGAUAAAAAUGGCUCAUAAACUGCAAAAAAUGAUGUGUUAAUUUAUUACACAUUGUGUGUGUCAUGCCAUUUAAGGCGUUAUUU